AUGCCAGAAUCAUUGCCGUACGUAUACUCACCGCUGCCGAGCACCUCGCACAUCCGGUUGCUGAGGCGCGAGGACCCUGGGCCUGAUGGGACGCUGCGCUUCUCGCUCACGACGCGGCACGUUGGCGACCCCAAGGCGCCCGACUACCACUGCCUGUCAUACACAUGGAGCAACCCGUUCGCCCACGGACGGUACUUCAGCGAGCAUUUCGAGUCGGUGGCGCCGCGGUACGAGCCGGGGAGCACGGUGGCCGUCGAGCUGGACGGGCGGACGCUGCGCAUCCAGCGCAACCUGCACGACGCGCUGAGCGAGGUGCCGCGGUCAGCGUACGUGGACUACCUCGACAGGCCGCUGGCGGCGACGGGCGGCAGAACCUAUCUCCACGAUGUCGUGGAGGGGGGCGACGCCGAGCUGGUGCGCGAAUGGCUGUGGAAUGGAGCGGCCGUGGACAACCUCGACGAUAGGGGCAGAACGGCGUUGCACUAUGCGGCGGGGAAGGGACGCGUGGAGGUUGUGGAGAUGCUCUGCAGGGCGGGAGCUCUACGUGCGCGGAGGGACAAGGAGGAGAAGAGCGCCUCCGACCUGGCGAGGGAUGGGGGACACGACGACGUGGUGGCCCUGCUCGAGGGGUUCGCCGGGCAGCAGCCGGAUCCCCUGCCUCAUGACUGCCAGUCUCCGAGGAACCCUGCCCCGGCCGACAGGUUGAUAUGGGCCGACGCGAUAUGCAUCAACCAGGCCGACGUUGACGAGAAGAGCGCGCAGGUCAGCAUCAUGGACCGCAUCUACUCCAACGCCGCCUACGUGGUCGCCUGGCUGGGCCCGCCGGACGAGCGGUCCUCGCUCGGGCUGCAGACGCUGAGCGCUCUCAAGGAGCACCUCGACGCCUUCAGGGCCAGCCGGAUCGAGCCCUUUGGCGGCUACGACGGGGCCAAUUACGAGGAGGCGGGCGUGCCCUUGAUCCCCUGGGCCGGGUGGGCGGCGCUGGCGAGCAUCUACCAGCGGCAGUGGUUCCGGCGGGCGUGGAUCGUGCAGGAGGCCAUCCUGCCGCCCGUGCUGCUCAUGUACCUGGGCGACGCGUACGUCUCGUGGUACGACCUGGGCGGCGUGGCCGACGCGCUGCGGCACAGCAAGGCCAAGCUGGGCGCGAGCGGCUCGACGGCCUUUGUGCCGCUGCACGACGCGGCCGUUGCCGUCGAAUGGAACAUGGGCGAGGUGCACAAGUACCGCACCAACAGGAACAGGGCCCUGCGGAGGGACGUGGAUGCUACCGCCGGGAACGAAGAGGAGGAAGUGCGGGCAUCGAGGUCGCUGUUCGUGCUGCGCGAGCUCGUCUUCAACUUCUGGACCUUUCUCGCCUCGGACCCCCGGGACAAGGUGUUUGCGCUCUACGGCGUCGUCAACGCGUUUGCGGAGCGCCGUCUCCUGACCGACUACCGGCUCUCCCUGGUCGACGUAUACACGGCGACGACGAGGCAGCUGAUCCUGGACGCGGGGAACCUGUCGGCGCUGUCCGCGUGCGUCUACCCCGUCCAGCGGCGCGACGACCUGCCGAGCUGGGUGCUGGACUUUAGCCUCCCGGGGAUCAACGGCGUGCCGGACAUCUUCUCCGCCGACAAGGGGCUCGAGUACAGAGCGCCGAGGGCGGACGACGCUCGCGUCGACAGCCCGGUCCUCGGUGUGCGAGGUGUGAGGAUCGGCAUCAUCACCGAAGCGGCCGGGCGGCCCAACAUUGGACCCUCCGGGAAGCUGCAGUUCGACCCGUCAUGGCUCCAACUGCUGCUCUCCAUCCGAGCUCAGGACGCCUACGGCGAGCAGCCCGUCCUGUCCGAGAUACUCUGGCGGACGCUGUGCAUGGACAUGUCGUCGGGGAGCCUCUUCGACUCCAAGGUCUACGGGGCGCGAGCGCCCGACGAGUUUGGCGCGCAGUUCAGGAUGUUUAUGCUCCUCAUGAUCCUGGCCGGGGCGGACCGCAUGGUGCUGGACAAGGUCGGCGUCGAGCCGAGCCCGCAGAACGACACGAUGACGGUCAGCACCCUCCCGUACGACCCCAUGGAGGCGGACAUGGAGCCGACGCUGGCGGCCCUCGACGCCGUGGCCGCCGCGCAAGACGGGGGGCCGCCCAACACGAACUACCUGCCGAGCCGCGAGGAGGUGCUGUACUUUUGGGACAAGCUCGAGUGCACCAUGGUGCGCAACACGGCCGUCGACGCCGACGGGGGGCCGCACGACUUUUACGUCCCGCCCGAGGUGCGCGCGGGGCGGCAGCGCAUCGUCGGCGGCGGGUACGUGGUCCGGGGGUCGCGCAUGUUCCAGCGCUGCGAGGGCUUCGCGAGCGCCUACAGCAGCGUGUACGGCGGGCGGCAGCUCGUGGCCGUCGACGGCGCGUACCUGGGCAUGGCCGCGCUGUCGGCCGCGCCUGGGGACGAGGUCUGGGUGCUGCCCGGGCUGACGGCGCCGGCGGUGCUGAGGUCCAUGUCCAUGUCCGGGUCCGGGUCCAGGUCCAGGUCCAUGGGCACGGGGGAGGCGGAGGCGGAGGCGGAGGCGGAGGCAGAGGAGACGCCGCCGCGAUAUCACUUUGUGGGCGCGUGCUAUGUCCACGGGCUGAUGCAUGGCGAGGUGGCUGCCAGUGGGCGGGGGCAGCCUGAACUGUUGGACGUGGACCUGGUGUAA